UUUUCUUCUUUUAGCAUCAGAACGCACUUACAGAGAGGUGAGUAAUGGCGUUCCGGAAAAGUGUUAGCUUGACAGGGUUUAAUGGCGGCUUUAGACGACUGCAGAUGUCGCGUGCGAUUCAGACGCUCGCGCAUUUCCGUGGUGAGGGUCACGCGCCUUCUGGCACCGACAUCCACGUUGACUUCGAGCAGACUAAAGAGGCCUACAAGAGCAAAGGCACUGCGGAGCUACUCAGAGGUCUGCUGGUCCUUAAACUCUGCUCCUAUGACUUCCUUGUGGAUAAAAAUAAACAGAUCAUGGACCUGAGUAAGAAGCUGCUGGGUCAGACGUUGUUUGAGAAACUGAUGAAAAUGACAUUCUACGGUCAGUUUGUGGCAGGAGAAGAUCAUCAAUCCAUCAAACCCCUCAUUCGGAAGAACAGGGCUUUCGGAGUGGGAGCCGUGCUGGACUACUGCGUGGAGGAAGACCUGACGAAGGAAGAGGCUGAGACAAAAGAAACGGAAUCGUGUGUGUCAAUGUCAGAUAAAGAAAGCCCUGGAGUGAUUAACAGGGAGAGGAUGUUCACAGCCCAUCGCAGGGGCGGUGUAACGAGCGCACACACGUAUUUCUACGCCGACGAAGUCAAAUGUGACCAGCACAUGGAGACGUUUCUCAAGUGCAUCAUGGCUUCAGGUGGAAGUUCAGAGGACGGUUUCUCCGCCAUUAAGAUGACCGCACUGGGACGCCCACAGUUCCUGCUGCAAUUUUCUGAGGUGCUGAUGAAAUGGAAACGUUUCUUCAGCUUCCUGGUGACGCAGCAGGGGAAAGACGGCCAAGAGGUGCUAGAGAGGAAACUGGACCUCGAGCAGCUGCAGACUUUUCUGAAACAAAUGGGAGGCAAAGGCGACAUCCAGGGCUGGUUCACCAACGAGAAGCUGUGCUCGUCAGGCACCAUCGACAUGCUGGACUGGAACGGUCUAAUCGACGAAAGGACCAAGAUAUCCGAUCUUCUCAUGGUGCCCAACCUUGAGACGGGCCAGCUGGAGCCUUUGCUGAAAAAAUUCACUGAGGAAGAUGAGAAGCAGAUGAAGAGGAUGCUUCAGAGACUUGAUGUACUUGCUAAACAAGCGGUGCAGAACAGCGUGUGGUUGAUGGUAGAUGCAGAACAAACUUAUUUACAACCUGCCAUCAGCCACCUGACUUUGGAGAUGCAGCGCAUAUUUAACCGAGACAAACCGGUCAUCUUUAAUACCUACCAGUGUUAUCUGAAGGAAGCCUACGAGAACGUGUGUAUGGACGUCGAGCUGUCGAAGAGAGAGGGCUGGUGUUUCGGGGCUAAGCUUGUACGGGGUGCGUACAUGCAACAAGAGAGGAGUCGAGCUCAGGAGAUCGGCUACGAAGAUCCCAUCAACCCGGAUUACGAAUCCACAAGCCGGAUGUACCACAGGUGUUUGGACUACGUGCUGGAGGAAAUCAACCGGAACAGGAAAGCCAGUGUCAUGGUGGCGUCACACAACAUAGACACCGUGAAACACACAAUCCAGAGGAUGAAUGAAAUGGGACUUGCACCGACUGACAGAAAGGUGUAUUUCGGUCAGCUGCUUGGGAUGUGUGACCAGAUCAGCUUUCCGUUAGGUCAGGCAGGUUUCCCAGUGUACAAGUACGUACCGUACGGCCCGGUGAAUGAGGUGAUCCCGUACCUGUCCCGGCGUGCCCAGGAGAACCGAGGCAUGAUGAAAGGAGCACAGAUGGAGCGCAGUCUGUUGUGGAAAGAACUCAAACGCAGACUCACCAGCGGAGAACUGUUCCUCUCGCCUUCUGUGUAAAAGACACACACUCUUAUUUGUGCUUUACUCAGGAGACCUCCUCUGUCUAGGCCUGUUCUAAGUUAGACACCUACAGAGCUACUGAAUAAACUUCAGGGGCAUCUCGGGGGAUUUAA